UGUGGAUAGACUCAAAGUUAGAGGAGAAGCAUAUCACACCGUUGCAACCGUGCAUUUGUAAGAGCAUUUCCUAGCUGCAUUGUCGUAUAAAUAUAAUUGUAAGAAUGGCUAACAACGAGAACAAGGAAAGAGACUCUGAGGAUUACUUGGAUCAGAUCAAUGAGGAAGCUAACGAAGACGAACAAGACAUAGAAGCUGUCCAGUACCAUAGUGAUAGUAGUCAUGACAAUGAGGGGAAUCGUAAAACACGACCUCAUUCUUUCUCUUCUCAGAUAUGGCCUCAAAGUUACAGAGAAGCCACUGAUUCUUACACUAUUUCUGCUGCUCCAAAUCUUGGAUCAAUUCUACGAGCACCGAGUGUUAUUUAUUCAAGCUUUGUGGGUGGUUCAAAGAGUUACUUAAACUUAGAACACGAUCACGAUGAAAAGACUUCUUUUUUAUCUGGUGAGGAACUCACUCAAGGAGGGAUGUCAAGAAGACAAUCAACAUGGUGGGAGAAAACUUCAAUUCAAAUGCAAAUUCCUGAAGAAUUACCUAUUGGUUAUGGAUGUAGCUUCACUCAAACAAUAUUCAAUGGGAUUAAUGUGAUGGCUGGAGUUGGACUUCUAUCAACACCUUAUACAAUUAAACAAGCUGGAUGGGCGAGUAUGGGUGUGAUGCUUUUUUUUGCAGUUAUAUGUUGUUAUACAGCAGACCUUAUGAGACACUGCUUUGAAAGCAGAGAAGGGAUCAUUAGCUACCCAGACAUAGGAGAAGCUGCAUUUGGAAAAUAUGGUCGACUUAUUGUAUCAAUCAUUUUGUACGUUGAAUUAUACUCAUAUUGUGUGGAGUUUAUCAUCUUGGAAGGAGAUAACCUCACCGAGCUGUUUCCUGGAACAUCCUUGAGCUGGGGCAGUUUCCAGCUGGACUCCAAACACUUGUUUGGAAUUUUGACUGCACUUAUUAUUCUCCCAACAGUUUGGUUGAGGGAUCUUCGCAUAAUCUCAUAUCUCUCAGCUGGAGGGGUUGUUGCUACAGCAUUGAUUAUUAUGUGUGUGUUUUACAUUGGGACAACAGAUGCUGUUGGAUUCCAUCACAAUGGUCCAUUGGUGAAUUGGAGUGGCCUUCCCUUUGCUUUUGGUAUCUUUGGUUUUUGCUUCGCAGGACAUUCAGUUUUUCCAAAUAUUUAUCAGUCUAUGGCUAACAAAAGAGAAUUUACCAGGGCAGUGAUUGCAAUUUUUAUUUUAUGCUUGAUUAUAUAUGGAAGCGCUGCAAUCAUGGGAUUUCUCAUGUUUGGUGAAGGGAUUUUGUCUCAAAUAACAUUGAAUCUCCCACAAAAUGCAUUUGCUUCCAAAAUUGCCUUGUGGACAAUAGUGAUUAGCCCGUUAACCAAAUAUGCUUUGUUGAUGAACCCACUAGCAAGGAGUGUUGAGGAGUUGUUGCCUGAUAGCAUUUCAAGUACUUAUUGGUGUUUCAUUACUAUUAGAACUGUACUGGUUAUAUCUACAGUUUGUGCUGCUUUUCUUAUUCCAUUUUUUGGGCUUGUGAUGGCUUUAAUUGGUUCUCUCCUCAGCGUACUAGUGGCAGUGAUAUUACCAGCUUUAUGUUUUCUGAAAAUUGUGGGGAAAAAUGCAACAAGCACACAGGUUACCAUUAGCGUCGCAAUUGUGGCAUGCGGAGUCACUAGUGCUAUGAUUGGAACAUAUUCAUCUGUAUCAAAAAUUGUGCAGACUACACAGAGUCAGUGAGACCUUCAUUGUUCCCUCCUGAAACCCUUCAUGGCUAAAUUUAAGGUUCAAGUUCUUUUUUAGUGGACUGCAUUCAUAGAAAAUUGAAUUGAAUCGAAGGUCAACGUUGAAAUAUACCAUGACUACAUUGUGUUGGAUCUGUAAGACUAGCACCUCCAUAAACGUUUGGUGUUGAAUUUAGCUAUUAACUCGUUACUUUUGCUUAUUGUUUA